AUGACAGAUGAUAAAAUAGAUAUUGAAAGUUUAACAAUAAAUGAAAAGAAAAUAGAAUCGCAUGCUCAUGCAAGUCAAUUAAAUAGUGAUAUACAAGCAAGAUUAUUAGCUUUUCAAAAACAACGAUCUAAACCAAAUCAACAACAACAGCUACAACAACAACAACAACAACAACAACAACAAUCACCUCCAAUUGCAAAAAAUGUUCAGUUCAAUAGUGAUUCAAAUAUAGAAAUAGUAAAUCUUGAGAAAGAAAAACCAUUACCACCAUUACCAUCAUUAAAUAAUAAUCAACCACCAAUUCAACAUAAACCAUUUUCAAGUCCUAAAAUUGAGGUUCAAAAAAAACCAUCAUUAUCGCAAAGAAGAGGAAUGAAAUUGAAUAUGAAUGAUAUGCCAAAAGAUCCAAUACUAAGUCCUGACUCUGAAAAAAAACAUACACCCGGUGAAUUAUCAAGAAGAUUAUCUGAACGAAAGAAAAAACCAAAUUUUAAAUUAAAUUUGGAUAGCGGUGGAAUUUCAAGAAGCAAUAGUCUUAAAGAUAAUUUAUCAAGAUCAAGUAGUUUAAGUUCAACGGAAGAUACUGAUUCUCCAGAAACUGAUUCAUUACAAGGUUUAUUUGCCAAUUACUCGAAAUAUAUAGAUAUAAAAUCUGGUCAGUUAAAUUUUGCAGGAAAAGCUUCAUUACAUAGUAAAGGUGUUGAUUUUUCAUCAGGUUCAAGUUUUAGAGUUUCAUUAGAUGAAUUUGAAUAUUUAGAAGAAUUAGGUAGGGGGAAUUAUGGAUCAGUUUCAAAAGUUUUACAUAAACCAACAAAUGUUUUAAUGGCAAUGAAAGAAGUUAGAUUAGAAUUAGAUGAAACUAAAUUUACUCAAAUUUUAAUGGAGUUAGAAAUUUUACAUAAAUGUGAUUCUCCAUAUAUAGUUGAUUUUUAUGGUGCAUUUUUUGUUGAAGGUGCUGUUUAUAUGUGCAUUGAAUAUAUGGAUGGUGGGUCUUUAGACAAGAUAUUUGGUAAUAAUAUAGGUAUCAAAGAUGAACAAUCAUUAGCUUAUAUAACAGAAUCAGUAACAAGAGGUUUAAAAGAAUUAAAAGAUCAACAUAAUAUAAUACAUAGAGAUGUUAAACCAACAAAUAUUUUAGUAAAUACUCAAGGAAAAGUUAAAUUAUGUGAUUUUGGAGUUUCUGGAAAUUUAGUUGCUUCAUUAGCUAAAACAAAUAUUGGUUGUCAAUCAUAUAUGGCACCAGAAAGAAUUAAAACAUUAAAUCCAAAUGAUGCAACAUAUUCUGUUCAAUCUGAUGUUUGGUCAUUAGGUUUAACUAUACUUGAAUUGGCAGUUGGUCAUUAUCCAUAUCCACCAGAAACUUAUGAUAAUAUAUUUUCUCAAUUAAGUGCUAUAGUUGAUGGAGAUCCACCAAAAUUAGAUCCCAUGAUCUAUUCAUUAGAAGCACACGAAUUUGUAAAUAGAUGUUUAAAUAAAGAUCCUGAUGCAAGACCUUCAUAUAGUGAAUUAUUAGAAUCACCAUGGUUAAAAUUAUAUGGAAAAGAUCAACAUUUAGAUAAACUAGUUCAAAAAAGAUUAAAAGAAAUUGAUGAUGAAAAAAAUGUUAAAAAGAAAAUUGCAAAUUUACCUACAAGAAAUGUUGAUCUGGUUCAAUCGUUACUUCGAGGUAGAGUUAAAGCACCAGCUUUACAUAGAGGUGGUUUACAACAAGCAAAUAAGAAAUUUCUCAAUAAUAAAUAA